GAGACGGGGAAAAAUCAAAAGAGGGAAAGCACAUUAGACCAUGCGAGCUAAAUUUGCGAUCGUUCAAAAUCAGGAUGUUAGAUUAAUGCAGAAGACCACUUCGAUCCACAGGGAAAGUUUUCAUCUCACGAGUUUGGAGCAGAGGGCCCGUGGGGCAACAUGGCCGAAGCAGGGGCGAGUAAAGGUGGAGACGAACCCGGGAAGUUGCCGGAGCAGGAAGAAGAAGAGGAAUCCCAGGUUUUACACGGAACCGGCCAUUGCAAAUGGUUCAAUGUGAGAAUGGGAUUCGGGUUCAUCUCCAUGAGCAACCGAGAGGGAAGCCCCUUGGAGUCUCCAGUUGAUGUCUUUGUACACCAAAGUAAGCUUUACAUGGAAGGAUUUAGAAGCCUAAAAGAAGGAGAACCUGUGGAAUUUACUUUUAAGAAAUCUUCCAAAGGCCUUGAAUCAAUACGGGUAACAGGCCCUGGUGGGAGCCCCUGUUUAGGAAGUGAACGACGACCCAAAGGGAAGACAGUACAAAAAAGAAAACCAAAGGGAGAUAGAUGCUACAACUGUGGCGGCCUCGACCACCACGCUAAAGAAUGUAGUCUACCUCCGCAGCCAAAGAAGUGCCAUUACUGUCAGAGCAUCAUGCACAUGGUGGCAAACUGCCCCCAUAAAACUGUCUCGCAGCAGCCCGCUAGUUCUCAGGGAAGACACGAAGCCGAACCGCAGCCUUCCACUUCUGCCUUCCUGAGAGAAGGGGGAGGAACGCACGGCUUCUCGUCUCCACCGUACUCUCAGGAAGGCAGGUCGGAGAUCUCGGAGCGCUCGGGCAGGUCACCGCAGGAAGUGUCGUCGAGUAAGUUGUCUGUGUCGCCUGAAGAACCAAACAGAAAGGGGCCUUCCGUUCAGAAAAGGAAAAAAACUUAAUGCAUUUUUCAUAAUGUUCCGUUUUCUUUACCCUCUUGGGAUGUCUACCUCAUGCAAGUACAGGGGAAAUAAUUCAUUAUCAGUAGCUGACCUGGAAUUUUAACUACUGUUGAGGAACUGUGAAUGUUUUGUUGUUGUUUUGUUUUUUUUUUCCCUUGAUAGACAAAUCACUCCAAACAAAAUACAUUUGAGCAGGGUGCAUUAUGUUUUACUUUCUGUGUGUAUGUGUGAGUGUGCAUGCGUGUGUGUGUAUGUGUUCAUGUCUAUAAAUAUAUAUGUUUCCAUCAGACAAUUCUCCAGAUCCCACCAGACAUUACUGUGAAGCAAAAGUCACAGUACCCAAUGUUCCUGAACUCAUUUCUAGAACCUGUUUCCAAACGUGUUCAGAAAGCAAACAAGAAAACCCAA